AUGGAACCGGCAGGAUUUGCGGUGGGCCUCUCUGGUCUCGUCGGUGUCUUUACUUCGUGUUUGGAAAUCGUACAGCGAUAUGACACGUAUAAAACCGCGAGCCGCGAUAAAGGUUCGCUCGAUGUCCAACUACAAGGUGCCAUUUACCGCCUAAAGCACUGGGGAAUCAGUGUCGGCAUCAAAGAUGGAAAACUGUCCGACAUCCAUCAUCCAGCGCUUGACAACACAGAAACAAUUACAUUGGUCAACGCUCUACUCAGAAAUAUUAAGGAGUUCUUGGAUUCUCCAAAUGACCUCGACGGCCCAAACGGUAUACAGAAUAUGCCAUCUUCUGGCCCUGAGAAGCUUCCCAGACUGGAGAGAGUGGCCUGGGCAUUAAGUGGGAGAUUCAGACAAACCAACCACGUCCAAGCAUUAGAACCUCUUGUGUCGUUGCUAUACGAAGUCGUGCCUCCCGAGAGUGCUAAACCACUUUCACGUACAAACAGCCUGCAUCAUGCACUUGACACAGGUCUUAAUCUAAAUUCUAACUCGACGACACAUUCGUACACGGACGAGUUGCGAGCUUUGGUGCAAAGAUUAAAAGAAGACUCAAAAGCCCGAACAAUACGAGACCUGGGUACUUGGUUAGGAGCCCCACCUCCGAAUGACAUAUAUCACGACUCUAGCGAGAAGCGACUCGAAAACACUUGCGAAUGGAUCCUCCACCGGGAUGUCUUUCUGCAAUGGCAAGUUCCUGCAACGACAGCCAAGGUCCUUUGGAUAAAGGGCCCUGCGGGCUUUGGCAAGACAGUUCUCUGCGCCAAACUGGUGCAAGAGAUCGAGAGAACGACCAUGGCACCAUUGGCGUACUUCUUCCUGUCUACCAAGUUUGAAGGUCGCGAAAACCCAUUCCUGGCUAUGCGAUCGUGGUUGACGUCCCUGGUCUUAAAAAACCAAGUCGCUUUUGACAUCGUUAGCAAACGUCGUUUGUCGCAACAUGGGCAAGAGGCACCACAAUCAACCAUCGUCCAGCUCUUUGGAGAAGUAACUAUGGCAAUUCCUGGGUGUAUAUUUGUUUUGGAUGGCCUAGACGAAUGCACUGGGAUGGCCGACACAGACACAAAAUCAGUUUCACAUUUUCUCAAUGAACUCAGGAAGACUAUUACUAAGACGAAUACUGGACUUCUCAUUCUUAGCCGUCCCGCCGCUGUGAUCCAACAAGGUCUCUCGCUAUUUCCAGGCUAUAGCAUAUACGAUAUCGAACUGGAUGAUGUGGGACCCGACCUUACAGUAUUUGCUUCAGAUGUUGUCAAAAGGAAGCUUACCACCAAGGACGAAGUGUGGAAGUUUUUGAUUACACAGAAGAUAAAGAAACGUUGUCAGGGUCAGUUCCAGUGGGUAAAACUACAGGAGGGUUCUCUCAGGACAGGGCUAAGCAAGAAACGGCUCGAAAGAGUUAUUGAUGAGACACCAUCCGGGCUCGAUGCCCUCUAUGACCGAGAAUGGGAUAGAAUCAACUCAAUGGGAAGUGAGGAUAAACAGAGAGCCUUAUCUUUGUUGAGAUGGGCUGCAUUUGCUCUACAUCCAUUGACAGUUGGCCAGAUCGCAGAGGCAGUGCUCAUAACUGAAGAUUGUGAAGAGCUUCCAAUUGAUGAAAGGCCAGAUUGUAUCGAUGAGGAUUAUAUCGAAAGUAUGAUUCUUGAUCUCUGCGGAUCGCUAAUAGAAGUCAAACAGCCUGCCGUGUACAACAAAAAUGAAGACAUAGGCUCCCCCAGGAAUGGCGUGGAUGAUCUCGCAGAAACUGCACAACACAAGCAGGUCAAAUCUGGAUCACUUCCGAGGGAUCGAGAAGUGCACCUGACGCACUUCUCGGUUAAGGAGUAUAUUUGUCUCAAGUUUUCUCCUCCAGGAGUCUUGCUACCCGACAAGAAAUUUCGGAGCUUCAUUGAGAGUCAAGAACACAUGAUUAUCGCGAAAUGUUGUCUUCGAUAUAUCAGUUUCAUAGACGUUUGGGAUGAGUUGAGACAACGCGAUGAUAGUAGAAAGUUUGUCGACUAUGCCGCUAUCAAAUGGAACUACCACUAUAGACAAGUGGGAACACCUGACUCUGAUUUAAAAGAAUCUAUUUGGACUUUGUUCGAUGCUGGAAUCGAAACUAAAAAUCCUUGGAUCUUUUGGGCAGAGGCUGUAGUAGGUUUACCAGUCUCACAAGGAGGAAUCCCAAAAGAGCCUCGACCCUUACACGUGGCCGCAUCUCUGGGUUUGACGAAUAUUGUCAGGCGCUUAUUAUACGAAGCAGAUCUUGAUCCGAACGAACCAGCAGGCAAUGGCUUCACAGCUUUACACCUCGCUUGCAUAUUAGACCGCAAAGAAACCGCAAAACUACUGCUCGACAAUGGCGCAGAUCUUGGUGCUAAGGAUGAGAAUGGUCUCACCGCUCUUCAUGUUGCUUCGAUGCUCGAACAUAGAGAACUAGUGACACUUCUGAUCGAAAGAGGCGCUGAUGUCGACGCCAGAAACAAUUUCAAUAUCACGCCGCUUCAAUACGCUUCGUCACAACAGCAAAAGGAUAUUACCAGACUGUUUCUAGACGUGGGCGCUGACCUGUAUUGUGCAAACACUGAUGGAGAAACACCCUUCCUAAUAGCUACUUCAACUAAUCGCAACGAUACGGUUCGGCUGUUUCUUGAUAAACGACUCUACAAUAGAAAGAAUACUAAUGCAGAGGAGACGGACUGGGUUCUGCUCUACGUGUAG